CUUGAACAUCAUUAUAUUCUCUAUGUCAAUCUCGAUCCAUUCUUCAACCUGCUUCUAAGUCUUGAAUUGUCCGUUCCUUUUAUGACAUGGCUUCAAUUCUUGGUUAUUUGUUUGUGUACCAGGAAAGCACAAAAGAAGUAGAAAUGGUUGCAGUGUCUGAAAGGUGGUCUGGGAAGGGAGGCAUUGAAGUUUAUGAGUUUGAGUACAAAAUUGAUAGCAGUAGAGGAGGGAUGAAGAGGAUAUUUGCUGCUGCUUUCGUCUCAUCAAACAAACUCUAUCUUUUGAAUAUCGCUCAUUCCGAUGGAUUAGAAAAUCCACUGGCCCCGGAAAGACGAAAUUCUUUGCUAGAGGUUCUUCAUUCCUUUGACAUUGAUCAACAUCAGUAUCCAUCCUAGUGCACCCCCUCCCAAAUAGUCCAUUUUUCUGGGGCUAGGGCUCCCAAUUUUUGUGAAACAUAUACGGAGGAAGCAUAUUAAUAAUUACUCCUUUUAAAUGCAUGCCAAAGAUUCGAGGUUCAAAAAGCCCAAUCUUGUUCAAGU